CUGAGUCAACCGAGGCUUGCGAGCCGGGCGAAGGGAAAGCCGCCUCCCGUGUCCGGCUGUUCGACCCGGCCCGGCCCAGCCCAGCCGGGCCUCGGGGUCCCCGGCAGGGGGCGGCCUCGCUCCGCUCAGUCCGUCCUUCCCGCAGCCGCCGCCGCCCGGCUGCCGCUCCUCCUCCGGCCCCGCCUCCCAGGCCCCCGCGCGCCCGCCUGUCCUCCCGUCUCCGCAAGGCCGUCGGUCGGUCUGCCCGCCCUCCUGGCGCUCCUCCUCCCCGAACCGCUAUCCCGGCCGCGCUCGUCGCUUCCUCGGUUUCGGCCGCCGCUAGCCCGUUCCCCGCCCCCUUGCCGGCCGCAGCUGCUACGCGAGGCCGAGGAUUGGCAGAGCGCGUAGGCCGCGCCUUGGCCGACCAAGCCGGAAUAAAGGGGCGGUGGAGAGAGCAGCGGGUCGCCACUCGCCUCGCGCCCGACGCCGUGGGCGGCCUGGAGCAGAACCCGGCAUCGGGGAAGGCAGAGCCUCCCUGGCGUUGUUGGCGCCCUACCUCGAAGAGCCCCCAGUCUUGUAGGCAGAGCCUUGUAGUCUGUCUUGGUUAAUGACUCGGGCUGUCUGACCAGUCCCUCUUCUGUGCCUUGUCCAAGGUCCUUGUCCAUCCCUGAUCCCGGGCAGCUUCUCUCUCUGGGUUGGGUCACCUUAAUCAGGGAAACUGAAGCCACUACUCUCCAAACCCUGCUUCAUCUUCCCAAGCAUGUCGGAAAGCUGGCAGCAGCCGCCACAGACGCAGCCGCAGCAGCCGCAGCCGCCGCAGCCGCAGCAUCACGCAGAACCACCGCCAGCCCUGGCCGAGCACUCGCUGCCCCCAGGCACGGCUGAGAACCCCCUGGGCUGCGCCGUCUAUGGCAUCCUGCUGCAGCCUGACCCGGGCCUACAGCCCCCGCAGCACGAGCCCCUGCAGGCGGCCGGUGAGCCGGGGCCCAAGUGCGGCGUGUGCGGUCAUGACCUGGCACAUCUGUCCAGCCCGCACGAGCACCAGUGCCUGGCGGGCCACGACCGCUCCUUCCAGUGCACGCAGUGUCUCAAGAUCUUCCACCAGGCUACUGACCUGCUGGAGCACCAGUGUGUGCAGGCCGAGCAGAAGCCUUUUGUCUGUGGCGUCUGCAAGAUGGGCUUCUCGCUGCUCACCUCGCUGGCCCAGCACCACAGUGCCCACACUGGCACCGGUGGCCUGGUGAAAUGCUCCAUCUGUGAGAAGACCUACAAGCCCGGGGAGGCGGCCGAGCCGGCGGCCACCGCUGCCCCCUCACUGCCCCCAGCGCCCCCGCCCCCGCCCGCCGUCACCCCCGCUGAACAGGCCGAGAAGCCGUACAGUUGCCCCAUCUGCCAGAAGCCCUUCAAGCACCUGUCGGAGCUGUCGCGGCACGAGCGGAUCCACACGGGCGAGAAGCCGUACAAGUGCACGCUGUGCGACAAGAGCUUCAGCCAGUCGUCGCACCUGGUGCACCACAAGCGCACGCACAGCUCCGAGCGGCCCUACAAGUGCUCGGUCUGCGAGAAGACCUUCAAGCACCGCUCCCACCUGGUGCGCCACAUGUACGCGCACUCGGGCGAGCACCACCUGUUCCGCUGCAACGUGUGCGAGCUGCACUUCAAGGAGUCGUCCGAGCUGCUGCAGCACCCGUGCACGCCCAGCGGCGAGCGGCCCUUCCGCUGCGGCGAGUGCCAGAAGGCCUUCAAGCGGCCGUCGGACCUGCGGCAGCACGAGCGCACGCACAGCGCCGAGCGGCCCUUCAAGUGCGACCUGUGCCCCAUGGGCUUCAAGCAGCAGUACGCGCUGAUGCGGCACCGGCGCACGCACAAGACCGAGGAGCCCUUCAAGUGCGGCCUGUGUGAGAAGGGCUUCGGGCAGCCCAGCCACCUGCUCUACCACCAGCACGUGCACACCCUGGAGACCCUCUUCAAGUGCCCCGUGUGCCAGAAGGGCUUCGACCAGUCGGCCGAGCUGCUGCGGCACAAGUGCCUGCCAGGCACCACCGAGCGGCCCUUCAAGUGCCCUGUGUGCAACAAGGCCUACAAGCGGGCGUCGGCCCUGCAGAAGCACCAGCUGGCCCACUGCUCGCCCGCCGAGAAGCCCCUGCGCUGCACCCUGUGCGAGCGCCGCUUCUUCUCGUCCUCGGAGUUCGUGCAGCACCGCUGCGACCCCGCCCGCGAGAAGCCGCUCAAGUGCCCGGACUGCGAGAAGCGCUUCAAGUACGCCUCGGACCUGCAGCGGCACCGGCGCGUGCACACCGGCGAGAAGCCCUACAAGUGCCCCAACUGCGACAAGGCGUUCAAGCAGCGCGAGCAUCUCAACAAGCACCAGGGCGUGCACGCCCGCGAGCAGCAGUUCAAGUGCGUGUGGUGCGGCGAGCGCUUCCUGGACGUGGCCCUGCUGCAGGAGCACAGCGCGCAGCACAGCGCCGCCGCCGCCGCCGCUGAGGGCGCCUACCAGGUAGCCGCCUGCCUACCCUGAGUCCCUGCCUCGGCCCUCCCAGGCCAGGUCCAGCCUCCUUGCUCGGAGAUGCCCCACUCAGCCCCACGUUCAGAGUCCCUGGGCGUGAGGACAGAAGUGCGCUGGGCAGGGGGAGGGGCCUGGCCCACCUGGUGCCUGCCUGGAGGUGGGGGAGCCAGAUCGCUGUGGUUCCACAAACCUGUCUCCCAUUAUAGGAUUUGUUCUCUUGAGAGCCACCCGCCUCCCUGGUCUUUGGGGGCCUGAAACCAGACUGGAACCACAAGUCAAGCGGCCUCUCUCCACCCCGAGCAGGUGUGGGCGCCAGCCCGACCUCCCAAAGCCUUUAGCCUAGUUAGAUACCAGACGGUUAGGAAGGGAGGCUGGUCGGUCGCGGCAGGGUCCGGGAGGACGGCUGGACUCCAGAGGCAGGCCAGGUGCGGGGCAUCCUCCCUCAAGUUUGUGUUUGAGGGAGAAGGCCAGGUUCGUGAGGUAGUCUUGGGGACCAGGAGGGCACCCCAGGAGCCCCAGACCUGCCUGCUCCAGCCAGGGGCGAGGCCUACCCCAGGUUUCUGACUGGUGAGGGGGGUAAGAGGGCUGGGUCUGCCUGGAGUGCCGUCAGCAUAGCCGGAGGGGAGGAGGCAGAGAAGUCC